ACAGAGAGUUUAUGUGUGUUUGUGUGCGAGAGAGAAAUGUGCAAGCUAGAUAAAGUCCCGGCCCGAUAUGUUUUCUUUGCGGACAUCUAACAAUUUCAUCAAGUAUUAUGGACCAUUAACCAGACACAAACGCUCACAGAGGAAAAAAAUAUUCUACGCAGCUACCCGGACCCCUGGCAUCGACGUGGUGCCGUUAAUCUUCAACGCGACGGAUUCCUAAAGAAUGCCCUCUGUGGACACCGGAAAAACAGUGCGUACCUUAUAGUGCCUCUGAAACGCGAUGAUUGGAUAUACAUCCGAUACCUUUGCGCAUACAGAAUCUAAAAACUCAUUCAAAGAGACACAUCUGAAGAAGUGUGGCGUGGGGGCUGGGAAGAGAACGCAGGAUACCAGAAGCCCUCAGCAGACGGCUGCAGCUCCAGUCUUUUUCCACAUGGCAGUGAUCUCCACCAGGAGGCGCUAGAGAACAGUGAUCUCCACCAGGAGGCGCUAGAAAACAGCGAUCCCACCAGGAGGCGCUAGAGAGCAGCAAUCCCACCAGGAGGCGCUAGAUAGCAGCGAUCCCACCAGGAGGUGCUAGAGAGCAGCGAUCCCACCAGGAGGCGCUAGAUAGCAGCGAUAAGAGAGAAGUCAUCGUCACAUAGAGAGCAGCGAUCCCCACCAGGCUGCAGAGAGUUGUCAUUGCCACCAGGAGGUGAUAGAGAACAGCAAUCCCCAUCAGGCUGCAGAUUGCUGUCAUUACCACCACGAGGCGCUGGAGAGCAGGGAGAGUAGUCAUCAUCCCUAGGGGGUGCUAUAGAGCAGCCAUCCCCAUAAGGCUGUAUAUAGUGGUCAUCACUAACCAGAGGUGACAGAGCAGCGAUCCCUGCAAGGCUGCAGAGAGUAGAUAUCCUCCCUAGGGGGCGCUAGAGAGCAGCGAUCCCUACCUUUGCCAUAUCCAGGAGUGGUGGCCUUCCCCUCCGGUGGCAGCCGUCCAGGGCUGCGUCUUCUGAGAUGGUCCCUGCCGAUGCCAACUCCAGCGCGUCACCCCCAUCGGAGCUCUGCCCCAACUGCAGCCUGGCGUCGCUGGCAGCGGUGCCCGUGGGCAAAGCCGUGGCUCUGGGCCUGGUGCUGCUGGUGUUCAUGGUGUGUGGCGUGUUGGGCAACGUCUUGGUCAUCCUGUCAGUGGUGUGCCACCGGCACCUGCGCACGGUCACUCACUACUUCAUCGUGAACCUGGCGGUGGCCGACCUGCUCCUGAGCGCCGCCGUGCUGCCCUUCUCGCUGGCCCUCGAGUUGUUUGGGCACUGGGUGUUCGGACGGCUGCUGUGUAACGUGUGGGCGGUGCUGGACGUGCUGUGCUGCACGGCGUCCAUCCUCAGCCUGUGUGCCAUCUCCGUCGACCGCUUCCUGGCCGUCAGCCGGCCGCUGCAGUACCCGGCGCUGGUGACCGGCCGGCGGGGGCUGGUCACCGUGGCGAUGCUCUGGACGCUGGCGGCCGCCAUCUCGGUGGGGCCGCUGCUGGGCUGGCGCCAGCCGAUGCCCGAGGACGAGUCCGUGUGUCGGGUCAACGAGGACCCGGGCUACGUGCUCUUCUCCGCGCUCGGCUCCUUCUACGUUCCGCUGGCGGUCAUCCUGGUCAUGUACUGCCGCGUGUAUGUGGUUGCCAGGCGACACUCCCGUGCCCGCUCCCGCUCGCUGAGGGAUGGCGGAGCGACCUCGUUACGGAUGCACUGCGGGAAUGCUCAGAGCGUGACCAACAAGCAGGACAGAGGAGGAGGAGAUGGAGGAGGAGGAGGAGGAGGAGGGGUGGGGGGAGAGUGGGGGGCACAGCAGAAGACCGGGACACUGAAGAAGAGCGGCCGGAGAAGCCUCCUCCGUCUGCUGAGGUUCUCGCGGGAACAGCGGGCGGCCAAGACGCUGGGGAUGGUGGUCGGCUGCUUCAUCCUCUGCUGGCUACCCUUCUUCCUGGUGCUGCCCAUUGGCUCCAUGUUUCCUUCCUACCACCCUUCUGAGACGGUCUUCAAGGUGACCUUCUGGCUCGGCUACUUCAAUAGUUGCCUGAACCCCAUCAUCUACCCAUGCACGUGCCAGGAGUUCAAGCGGGCCUUCCUCAGCGUGCUGCGUGCCCAGUGCCUCCGCAAGGCUGGACAUGCCAGCAGGCAACACAAGUCCCCCCGGCUCUCCUACUCCUCCGCCACACACCCGCCUCCCUGCUCGACCCCUCCGCCCCAAACCCCCGAGACGCUGCCCGCAGGUGCCCACCGCCACCGCCACCGCCCCACCCCCGCGCCGAUGACGACUCAGGGCGCCCCUGCUGGCGCGCCUCUGUGCCCCCACUCUGCCUCCCCUCUGAAGGUGUGCUGUUUCGGGGUGAGAGAGAGCCUCUCCGGGCCCUGCUCCCCGACCGGUUCUGCCCCAGCCCCUGCCCCACCGUCCCGCUCCACCAAGACCAGGACCCGUCAGCUCUCCCUGGGCAAGAGUGUGGGUCAGGCUCUCUGACCGCCUACAAGCAGGAACACUGAUACAAAGACACGUAACACCAGGGUCUGCCCCUCCUUCCACACUGCAGCACUAACUGCCCCCAUCUCUGCAGGCACACUGUCUCAAACACCCCACUGCACCAUCCACGCUGCAGUAGCACCUCCACCCUUCUCAAACACCCAAGUGCAGUAGCACCUCCACCCUUCUCAAACACCCAAGUGCAGUAGCACCUCGACCCUUCUCAAACAUCCCACUGCUGUAGCAUCCUCCACCCUUCUCAAAGCAGCAGGGUCUGUUUUUAUGAUUGUGGUAUGGAUCUGUUUAUAGAUCCCAUAAAUGUUUUCCCUCCAUUUCAAUGGUUGGCAAUAUUUCAGUGUCAAUAUUUCAGUGUCAAUAUUUCAGUGUCAAGUUAAGGUUUUAUUGCUCUUUCUGUCUCUCAACAGUCAUGCUUAGAAUUCAACACUGAAUCGAAUUUCCCCCCGACACAC